GUUUGCACGUGACUCGUUGAAGAAUGUGACACACUUCCGUCUGUAAAAUUCUGCAAAGAAAUAUUUCACUUUACUCAUUUACAUUUCUCAAUCAUUAGACGUUGAGGGAAGGAAACAAUCGGCAGAAUAAUAAAUAUCAUAGUGUAAGGCUGUCAGAUCAGCAUCUGGAUGAUGGAGAAGAUUGUUAAAGAUGUUGGUGAUAUUCAGUCCAGACUGAUUGAUCACAGGCCGGUCUUGCAGGGAGAAAGUAGAUACUUCAUCAGGGAGUUUGAGGAGAAGCGUGCUUUCAGAGAAUGCCGUCUGCUUGAAAAUCUGAAUAAGAUGACAUCGGACACAAAUGAACAUGAUCUGCCGCGGUGCACUGAGAGUAUGCAUGAGAAACUAUGUGACGGUCUCACGCGACUUGAAGCAGCAAAUCAUAUGGCACAGAGGAUCCAGCAGAGGGAGCUAGAGGCUGAACAGAACACACAUCUGCAGAUGUGUGCGGAGAGGCGGAAGCAAGACUGGGAGGAGUUCCUGAAGGAGCAGUCUCGGCUGAAGGAGGAGGUGGAUGAGGAACAUGCUAAAGCUGUGGGCCGACUCAGCGCUCAAUACAAUGACAUGAAAAAAGACCUGGCCAAAUACAGCAGCUUCUGAACCUCGAUGAAUGUCUUUUACUUAUUACAUAUCAGUGAAGUCCAGUUAUUUUCUUUUUCCAUUUUGUUGAUGCUGUGGCAUUAAAGAAAUAUUUUAUACAAAAUGAAAGUUCUGUCAUCACUGUCAACACACACACGCUUGAUUUUAUGCACACUACAAGUGCACAUUCAGUACAAUUGAGCAUGGACAAUAUGUCAAAGUUUUAAGAAUCUAAAUCAAAUUUUUAUUUAUUUAUUUUAUGUUUUUACGUAAUAACAAUAAUAAGCUUAAGUAUUCCUCUGUGGCAUUCCUUGUUUAUUUUACAGAGGAGCUGAAGGUUUAUCAAAUAUUAUAUUUACCUAUAUUUAAUGCAUUAGUAAGUACAAAGAGUUCAAGCCUGUAACAUCUAAUUAAGUCUUUCAAUGUGUGUCUUGCAUUCAUGAGAUCUUUCAAUCUAUGUAAAAACAUCCAUCAUGUGCCUCUCGCAUCCUUUAAGUUCACAUCUAAUCAUAGUCAUUUCCACAUCAGUUAAAAAUUGUAAAUACCCUCUCAUAUGACAGUUUUUUUUCCUACAUGUGUUUGUACCGUCUCUUGCUUUAACGUCUGAAUGUGUUUAAGGCAGUCUGCGCACCUGCUUUAGAUGGAAAGAGAUCUUGGCCAGAAAUAUGUCAUCUCUCCUCACAUCUACCUGUGUUUUCCAUACAAUAGUAAAAAGUCAGACAGCACAUUCAGUGAAUCUGAGCUGCCUUUGACACGGGUGGAGCCAUUGGACUGUCAAUGCUUCACAUGCUAUGUCCUGAGCUUUUACACACUGCUAAUGUUGCCACAAAACCUGUUUACCGUUAGUCAAGGUAUUUCUCUGUGUGGAUGAAUCAGUGGAAGAUAUUAUUUCAGAGAUUUCUUUGAGAUGCUGUUGGCCAUUGUGUGGCUUUUCCAGCUUCUUUCAUGUUAACCAAAAUAAAAUUGAGUUUGCUUCCAGUCUGCCGUCUUUGAAGAAUCAAUAAAAACUUUCAAUAGCCAGCAAAACAUUCGUC